GGUUGAAACCCUCUGGGUAUUCUCGUGUUCUUGAUGGUUUGGGGACUUCUCGCGGAGGCGGUGGCUGCCAGGGCGCCCUAGCGCGUGAAGGAUCGAUUUUGGGAGCUCGGGCGGCAUGGCAUGGCGUCAGUUGCUGGAGAAGGGAGGCUCCUCCGCCAAGCAGAUGGUGUCGGCGGCAUCCUUGUAUGGGCUGGGACGCGCGAUUGUGUUGAAGCAGCUGGAUGCAGGGAUCGUGUUGAAUCGCCUCAAGAGACGCUGCAUGUCGAGCUACACAAGCAAUUUCUCGAGAAGGCUGGAGGAGCUGGAGAGAGAAGGAGGCCCCGAUGCUCGGAGAAACAAGUGAAGUUUCUAAGAGAUCUUAACAAGGUGGAUCCCGAGGGAGUGAUUUGGUGGUUCGAGAGUAGACCACUUCCGCAGCACAGCGCCGGUGCUUUGGCCGAGUAUCUCAAAGCUCUCGUCAAGGUCGAUAGGCUCGAUGACAGUGCCUUGUUGAAAACGCUGCAAAGAGGAGCAACUGCAUCGCUAGGAAGUUUUCAAGCUGAGGCGCGACCGAUCAUGUCUUCGGCAUUUCCGGCAGUAGGAGCAGCCACGAAAGACGGAAUUUUGGGCUCUCCCAGUGCGCCAAUCCACAUGGUCACGUCCGAAGGAGGUUUUAGAGUUCAAGUGUGGCGGACUGUUCGAACCUUGGCUCUGGGCUUUCUCCUUCUCUCUGGCGUUGGGGCCAUUAUAAGGGCCUCAGCAAAGGGGUACCGUUUUUCUAUUGCAGCGGGAGCGAGUUCGAGGAAGUGUUCGUCGGAUGUGGUGCUCGGCGAGUGCGGGACUUAUUCGCAAGCACUCGCCAUGCAUAAUCUUCAUGGACGAAAUUGAUGCAAUAGGUGGGAGCUGAAAUCCCAAGGACCAACAGUACAUGCUGGUGGAGCUGAACGGUUUCAAGCAAAACGAAGGCAUCAUAGUGAUCGCGGCUACGAACUUCCCCGAAUCUCUCGACAAGGCGCUUAUCCGUCCUGGUCAGUUCGAUCGGCAUGUGGUGGUUCCAAAUCCAGACAUCCAGUUAGAGAACAUCCAUUUAUGUAUAAACACCUUGCUUUUCUUUUUUUGUUUUUU